UCAUUCCGAUUUAUUUUUUAAAUUAUCAUGGAUUCCAUAAAGUUGGCCUGUCGAGUAUGUUUACAGUAUAAUUCGGAAUCAAAUUCUUUUUUUGACGAAGUGGAAUAUGAGGUUUUUAUAAAGUUGGCAAAUGUAUUUAAAAAGGUCACCAAUGUUGAGGUGGAGGAAUUCGAUGAUGAAAAACCUUGCCAAUUGUGUCAGGAAUGCACCGAACGUCUUUUACAAGCUUAUGAUUUUAUAUGUUCUGUAGAGAAGGCAGAAAUAGAUAUAGAGAAUUAUUUAAAGGAUCAUAACCGCCAGUCAGUUGAAGAAUUGGAGCGAUUGGAUGACGAUGUUAAAAUUGACGUUACCGAUAUUGAAAUACAAGAUAUUGAGAUAUUAGACGAAGAGUUUCAAACGGAUCAAGAGCAAUGCGUAACGGACAAUGAAGUAUUUACAAUGGAAGAGGUGUCUGUUGAAUCCGAAGUGGACAUUUUUGAUAGUAAUACAGGUUCAGUUCAAACAAAUGAAACGCGACAAGUCGGAGAUACUGUUGGAUCACGAUUGUCCAAACGUUUGUCUUCUAGCCACUACAAAUGCAAUAGUUGCCAACGAUCGUUUGCUAAAAUAGAAACAUUGGAUAGGCAUAUAAAAACGGCACAUACAGCUUUGCCGCCGGAGGAGUUGGCUAAUAUUUCUACGCAAAUAAAUGCUGCGGCGGAAGAUAAACAAAUUGCAUGUUCUUAUUGCCCACAAAUGUUUAAGCGACGCAACAAUUAUAUUCGACAUUUAACGGCAACUCACUCAAAGGAAGUAGAACAACUUGCGGACGAAGACAAGAAGCUAAUUACAACAAAGCAUAACUAUAAAAGAGGCAACUGCCCGUAUUGUGGUAAGAACUUUACACAAGCCAGCCUCAUUGUCCACAUAAGGAGACAUACUGGCGAAAAUCCUUAUCAGUGCGACCAAUGUGAGAAAGCUUUUCCCCGACGCCAAGAUCUAGUUGUACAUCAGCGAAAGCAUACUGGUGAAAAACCUCAUAUGUGCACCACUUGUGGUAAAUCUUUCUCACGUGCAAAUAAAUUAGCUCGCCAUAUGCGUGUACACACUGGAGAAAGACCGUAUAAAUGCACUGAAUGUCAGCGAAGUUUCGCCCAGUCAAAUGAUCUUAAAAUCCAUAUGCGUCGGCAUACAGGCGAAAAGCCAUAUAAAUGUAGUGUUUGCUUAGAAGCCUUUAUCUGUGGAGCAGCAUUAAAAACGCAUCGUCGACAAAAAAAUCAUCACUCUCCUAAAGAUGAAUUUGACGACCCAUUUGCCAAUUGGAGAGUAUGCAAGCGUGAAUUAAGAACAAACGAUAAUGACAAAGAAGAAUGUGAUGACAACUCCUAAAGAAGAAAUAGGCGACGUCGACGAGGGCAAACAGUUAAUUUGGAGUUUGUCCAAAUUAUACAAGAAUAAUUGUUAUAAAUAUACAGGUAUGUGAUGGAAAUUGAUUUCGAAAAUGAAACGAAAAAGCUUGUAAUGCAUUUAUUAUUUGCGUUUUGUAAAUUGCUCAAACUAUAAUUUGAAUUAAUUUUUAUUACAUUUCUUGAAUAAUUUUUGUUUAAUUAUUUACUAUUUAAACAUUCACACCUCUGCUAACCGUUCGUUUUCAAAUCGAUAGAUUUUCAUCAUAUACCUAAUGGAAUAAAUUGUAAUGUAUCUUGAAGAGUUAACAAAUAAAUUGUGUCUAAUGUGUUUCUAUACUUUUGAGAAAAUUCCACAUAACGUGAAUAUAA